GAAAUUAAUUUCGAAACAGUUUCUAUAGGUUCUAAGCAUUAGCAGUAGCCUACUCGUACGUAAAUUUUACUUUUUUAUACUAAAUAUGAAUGCACGUAUACAAAUUUAUGUAUAUUUACCUACAAACGACUGUGCAUUUGUAUAAGUACACAUGUGCAUACGUACGUACAUAUAUAAGCUAUAGAGCGAUCUCGAUAAUGCCAAGAGUGCCAACUGCAAAGAGUGCCAACUGCGUCAGUGAUUAGUAUAGUAUGUCUACGUAUGCGAGUUGAUUACUCUGCUGCUGAAAGUAAUCGAAUCAAUUCUUCGCGGAAACAAAUAAUUAAUCGCCCGUAAAAAUUAGUCUGGAGAAGGCUCGCUGAUAAAAGAUUGAGCAUUAGUGAACAUUUGGAGUUGCUGGUAAGAAGGAGUAAGUGCUAAGCACCAUCGCAAGAAGUGCGAGGAACGAUAAAUAUGUACAACCAUGAUAAAGCGUAGUGUCUAUGUGAUGACUGAUGAACGUACAAACUGCAGCUGAGUCGCUAAAAAACCUCUGGAAGAAAUUGACUUGACUUGCCCUCGACUAACAUAUCGUAGACUCUGCCUCGUCACUGCCAACGGACAAACGAACGUGCACACAAGUGUACGCGCCUAGCCAACUACUUGGAUCCGUUUCGACUUCGUAUUUGUCUACGACUCUCCGCUUUUGUAAUAUAUCAAGCCUGUAGGAUAAUUCCAUUGCUACGAGGAGACAACCGGGAUAAAAAUUGCAAUCAAGAAACUACAUACUCUCGACGUUGAAAUAAUCGAUAAUUCAAGGACGCUCUAACAGGCUACAUUAUUGACGUUAUUUUUCGAAGUUCUAAGCGUAUUGUAGGUUAUUCGGUCGUAUAAUUAACAUGGAAAAAGACGAGGACUUGGGGGACUUCAGCGGGAGCAGCGGUGCUAGCGGUGAACAAGCGGACAAGUCGAGCGAGGUCGUUGAGGACAAGUACGGUUGCGAACACUACAAGAGAAAAUCGAAAUUUGUGACCCCUUGCUGUAACAAAGUUUAUACAUGUCGUUUUUGUCAUGAUGAGCAAGAAGCUCAUACAGUUAAGAGAAAAGAAGUUACAGAGUUGAUUUGCGUUAUAUGUGAGACUCGUCAACCUGUACAGGCAACCUGCCAAAAAUGCCAUGUACGCUUUGGCAAAUAUACUUGCCUUGAAUGUAAUCUUUUUGAUGAUGAAGACAAGAACCAAUAUCACUGCGAUGGAUGUGGAAUUUGUAGGCUUGGAGGCAGAGACAACUUUUUCCAUUGCGCAAAAUGUAAUAUGUGUUUGCCUAUCCAAUUACAAAAGGGUCACAAGUGUGUAGAAAAUGUUUCACAUGCCAAUUGUCCCGUGUGUUUGGAAGAUAUUCAUACCAGCCGCAUUCCCUGUCACAUUCCCGACUGUGGACAUCUUCUACAUCGCACCUGUUUUGAGGACUUACUACAUUCUGGCCACUAUGCGUGCCCGACUUGUCAAGUAUCUCUACUUGAUAUGACUGAUCUCUGGAGUUUCUUAGACAGUGAGGUUUCUUUGACACCUAUGCCGCCUGAAUAUAAAGACUAUAAGGCUGAAAUAUUAUGCAAAGAUUGUCACGAGGAAACAACCGUGAAAUUCCACGUUGUCGGACUGAAAUGCACAAGAUGCGGUAGCUACAAUACUUGUCGGAUCAAGGGAUCACCUUGCCUAGAUACAUAUGGAGAGCCCUUAAAUGAAACGCAGAUGACAUACGUCUUGUAUAAAAAUACCUUUAAAAAAUAUGAUCCAGAGUCUCUGGACGUGGCACCUGGUGGUAGUCGAUCAGGCAAUGGAGAGGAGUCUCAAGGAUCCCAGUCGCAGUAGCAAAAAGUUGGAAGGCGUUGGUCAACUGUAACGGUUCAUUCCUUAUGCAUUAUUCUCAGGCGUUUCUUUCUGCACAAAUAAAUUGGUAUAUCAACUCGACAUUGCAGUAGGGUAUUGCGUUAUUUUAAAAUGUGCGUAGAUACCAAUAUGUGUUCACCUAAAAUUCAUUCACUAUGGAUUUCGUUUCUACAAAUUUUUGUUUGUCUCAUUUAUCAACUUCGUAUAGGAUCAUGUUUCUCAUCGCAAUAUAAUCAUAAAGAUGCAUCAAUAAUAGUAAUUGGCACUGUUUCGACUUGAAUUCGUUUCUUAUAGUCACGAAAAAAUCAUCUUGACAAUUCGAAAUCUCUACUAAGAUACUUUAGUAAUGCACUAAUGAUUUGUGCCAUUUCCGCUCUGACCGAUUUUUUUUAAAUUUUGUUUUAUUUUUUCAAAGAUAUAUGACGUAAGCAUACCCUAUACAGUUGUGACACGCAAUCGCUAUCCCUAGUUUCAAACUAGAUCAAAUUAAUAAAUUAGUACAAUUUUCCAAGAACCUAAAAUAUUCUUAGAAAGCGUUUUAUUAUUUUAAUUAAUAGUCCUAGUAGAAAGAAAAAUGAUAUUUAUGAAUGUCACUUAAAUAAAAAUCAUCUAUAUGCUU